UGACAUUUUCUGAGCGGAAUACAAAUGCAGCUCAUUUCCUCCCAGAGGUUUCUGACAUUUCUUCUACACAGAAAACAGAUUCUCCCAAGAAGGUGCUGGUCACAAGGAAGAAAGAUCUUUGUUUAAUCCCUCUGAAAAGAAAUGGCUUCGGACAUCCCUGGAUCGGUGACAUUGCCCGUUGCCCCCAUGGCGGCCACUGGACAGGUGAGGAUGGCCGGGGCCAUGCCCGCCCGCGGAGGAAAGCGGCGUUCUGGAAUGGACUUUGAUGAUGAAGAUGGAGAAGGUCCCAGCAAAUUUUCAAGAGAGAACCACAGUGAGAUUGAAAGGAGGCGGCGGAACAAGAUGACCCAGUACAUCACUGAGCUCUCUGACAUGGUCCCCACGUGCAGCGCGCUGGCCCGGAAGCCAGACAAGCUCACCAUCCUGCGCAUGGCCGUCUCGCACAUGAAGUCCAUGCGGGGCACCGGGAACAAGUCCACAGACGGCGCCUACAAGCCUUCGUUCCUGACGGAGCAGGAACUGAAGCAUCUCAUCCUUGAAGCGGCUGAUGGAUUUCUGUUUGUAGUGGCGGCUGAGACGGGGAGAGUGAUUUAUGUGUCUGACUCCGUUACCCCCGUGCUGAACCAGCCCCAGUCCGAGUGGUUUGGGAGCACCCUCUAUGAACAGGUGCAUCCUGACGAUGUAGAGAAGCUGAGAGAGCAGCUGUGCACCUCAGAAAACUCAAUGACAGGCCGGAUCUUGGACCUGAAGACUGGGACGGUCAAGAAAGAAGGGCAGCAGUCAUCCAUGAGGAUGUGCAUGGGCUCCCGGAGGUCCUUCAUCUGCAGGAUGAGGUGUGGAAAUGCUCCUUUGGACCACCUUCCUCUAAACAGAAUAACCACCAUGAGGAAAAGGUUCAGAAAUGGCCUUGGCCCUGUGAAAGAAGGAGAAGCCCAGUAUGCUGUGGUCCACUGCACAGGCUACAUCAAGGCUUGGCCUCCAGCAGGAAUGACCAUACCCGAAGAAGAUGCCGACGUGGGACAAAGCAGUAAAUAUUGCCUUGUGGCAAUUGGGAGACUCCAGGUGACCAGCUCUCCUGUGUGCAUGGACAUGAGUGGGAUGUCGGUGCCAACGGAAUUCUUAUCCCGGCAUAACUCUGACGGGAUCAUCACAUUUGUGGACCCAAGAUGCAUCAGUGUGAUUGGCUACCAACCCCAGGAUCUUCUAGGAAAGGACAUUUUGGAAUUCUGCCACUCUGAGGACCAGAGCCAUCUGCGGGAGAGCUUUCAGCAGGUGGUGAAGCUGAAAGGCCAAGUGCUGUCGGUCAUGUAUCGAUUCCGCACCAAGAACCGGGAGUGGGUGUUAAUCCGCACCAGCAGCUUCACCUUCCAGAACCCCUAUUCCGACGAGAUUGAGUACAUCAUCUGCACCAACACCAAUGUCAAGCAGCUUCAGCAGCAGCAGGCGGAAUUGGAGGUGCACCAGAGAGACGGGUUGUCAUCCUACGACUUACCGCAGGUUCCUGUCUCCAACCUGCCAGCCGGGGUUCACGAGGCCGGGAAGUCUGUGGAAAAGGCAGACUCAAUCUUUUCCCAGGAAAGAGAUCCGCGGUUUGCCGAGAUGUUUGCAGGAAUCAGUGCAUCGGAGAAGAAAGUGAUGAGCUCGGCGUCUGCAGCAGGAACUCAGCAGAUCUACUCCCAAGGAAGCCCGUUUCCCCCGGGACACUCGGGAAAGGCCUUCAGUUCUUCGGUGGUGCACGUGCCUGGCGUGAACGAUAUCCAGUCCUCUUCCUCGACGAGCCAGAACAUGUCCCAAAUCUCCCGGCAGUUAAACCAGAGUCAGGUGGCGUGGGCGGGUAGUCGGCCGCCCUUUCCCGGACAGCCCAUCCCCUCCCAGUCCAGCAAGACUCAGUCUUCUCCCUUUGGGAUCGGAACGAGCCACACCUACCCAGCCGACCCCUCCUCCUACAGUCCUCUCUCCAGUCCAGCCACCUCCUCGCCCAGCGGGAACGCCUACUCCAGUCUUGCCAACAGGACUCCAGGGUUCGCUGAAAGUGGACAAGGUAGCGGGCAGUUCCAAGGGCGGCCCUCGGAAGUCUGGUCGCAGUGGCAAAGCCAGCACCACGGACAGCAGAGCGGUGAGCAGCAGUCCCACCAGCAGCCGGGUCAGACUGAAGUGUUCCAGGACAUGCUGCCCAUGCCAGGAGAUCCAACCCAGGGGACCGGCAACUAUAACAUUGAAGACUUUGCCGACCUGGGCAUGUUCCCGCCGUUUUCUGAGUAGCUGCGGACAGAGCGAGCCUUCCACCGGGCAGUGCCCCCCAUACUGUGACAUCGACGCCCACGUGAACGGGGCCCUCCCUGCUUGCCCUGCCGCGGGACCCCCCAGCAGAAGACAUCUCGCCCCCCGUGUUCCCCUCACUGCCGUGGUGUUGGUCAGCUUUUAACCCACAGCUGCAGCUGCUCGGCCACCGACCA